GAUGCUGUGAGGCUUAGCGAGCUAAUGCUGUUGUUACUAACUAACCAAAAAUGACUGGGCAAUACCAGCAGGAGACAAGGUAUUGCUGUAGUUCAGAAUACACCCAUAAAAUGGAUGCAUCUUGAGACCUUCAAGGUCAUCUUCUGUGUUGCACUUGGCGUAGAGGAAAUCAGUUUGCCAAUCAAGGGCCUCUAGAGUUUCCUCUCUCAGCUGGUUUAAAUGGCUGAGAUCUUGAGGGUGAGAAAGGCAUCUGGAGGACUUCUGGGACUGUCGUGCUGAAAGGAGAGAAGCCAGAUUCAUGUUGAGAUAUGAAGCUGCAGUGUCCCGCAUCCAGCAGAUAAGGAGGACCAUGGCCCUGUGUGGAGCGGGGCCUGGGCCACAGAGGGACCAUUCAACUUUGCCCGCAUGGCACAGCGUUCAGUUUUACUUGGGCUUAUUGACGUGCUAUGGGAAGGUCAUUUGAUAUGCACAUUCUUGUGGCUGCAAUCUUGGGAAUGUGGCUUUUUAUCUUUAAAAAUAGCUGUGUGCUGGGAGGCCCAGGAGCAGUGUCCUGGUAUGGAGGGGAGGUGCCAGCACGGGGCUGCUGAGGAAGUGGGGCCAACUUUUUUCCUUGGAGGAGUCCCUUCAGCUCUGCUCGACUGAUAAAUGGAAGAGCUGGAGAGCAGUUUAUUCCAGACACGGAAAGCACACAGAAUAGAACAGAUGGUGGCAAGAUGGCUUCGGCGCUCUCGGGACAGCUCGGCCCGGGCUAAAGUCGCUGCAGCUGAUGUGUCCCCCGGGAACCCAACCCAGACUCUCACCUCUGUGAGGCACACAGUAAAGAUAGACAAAGAUGCCCUCCUCCAGGACUAUGGAUUUCACAUUUCCGAGAGCCUUCCACUCACAGUGGUGGCUGUCACGGCAGGAGGCAACGCUCAUGGCAAGCUUUUCCCUGGUGACCAGAUUCUCCAAAUGAACAACGAGCCUGCUGACGACCUAUCCUGUGAACGAGCAAUUGAUAUUCUAAGGGAAGCUGAAGAUUCUGUUUCAAUCACAGUUGUUCGCUGCAUGUCGGGAGUCCCCAAGUCAUCCUUCCUGACUGAGGAAAAGAGAGCCAGGCUGAAGACCAACCCUGUGAAGGUGCACUUUGCUGAGGAAGUGCUCAUCAGUGGACACAGUCAGGGUAGUUCUCUGCUGUGUAUGCCCAAUGUCCUCAAGGUGUAUUUGGAGAAUGGACAGACGAAAGCUUUCAAGUUUGAGGCAGACACAACAGUGAAGGACAUCAUCCUCACAGUGAAGGAGAAGCUGUCGAUCCGAAGUAUUGAAUACUUUGCGCUGGCCCUGGAAGAGCAGUACAAUGUCUCACGGCUGCACCUGCUGCAUGAGGAGGAACUCAUACAACAGGUGGUAGAAAGGGAAGAGUCACAUGACUACCGCUGCCUCUUCAGGAUGUGUUUUGUUCCCAAGGACCCCCUGGACCUCCUGAAAGAAGACCCUGUGGCCUUUGAAUACCUCUAUCUGCAGAGCUGCAGUGACGUGCUCCAGGAGCGCUUUGCCGUGGAAAUGAAAUGCAGCUCUGCGCUCCGACUUGCAGCCCUGCACAUCCAGGAACGCAUCUAUGCAUGUGCUCAGCCACAGAAGAUCUCUUUGAAGUACAUAGAGAAAGACUGGGGAAUAGAGAACUUUAUAUCUCCAACUUUACUCCGAAACAUGAAAGGCAAAGACAUCAAGAAAGCCAUUAGCUUCCACAUGAAGAGGAACCAGAAUUUGCUGGAACCCCGACAGAAGCAACUUAUUUCUGCUGCCCAGCUACGCUUAAAUUAUCUGCAGAUCCUUGGAGAACUCAAGACAUAUGGUGGGAAAAUCUUUAAUGCUACUUUAAUGUUACAGGAUAGAGAAUCCUACAUUGCCCUACUAGUUGGAGCCAAGUAUGGGAUUAGCCAAAUUAUCAAUAGCAAGCUCAAUAUCAUGUCCACGUUGGCAGAGUUUGCAAAUAUCAGCCGUGUAGAGCUUAUGGAAGAGUCUGAGAAAGUGAGCAUGGUCAAAGUGUAUCUUCAGGACAUCAAGGUUCUGACUUUGCUGCUGGAAUCCAACAGUGCGAAAGACCUAGCCUGCCUGAUUGCUGGGUACUACAGGCUGUUUGUCGACCCAGUUGCCUCCAUUUUCCUCUGGCCUGGAAACAAGCAGCAGGUGCACCGGGUGUCUGCUGAAGAAGGCUAUGAAUCCAGGGCCUGCAGUGACUCAGAGGAGUCCUCUGAAGUGGACUGUGUACUGGAACCUCUCUCCGACAGACGCCUGGUAAAGCUGCUGCCCUGCACACCUCUCAUGAAAGAGGAGGAGCAGGAGCCUCCUGGGGACAGCGCCACCCCUGAGGUGGCCAGGAGAGGCCCAAGCACCUGUGGCUCCAGCAGCAUGACAGACAGUGCCGAGUCCGAGGCGUCUGACUCAGCUAACACUGAGAACCGUGGCUGCAGGACCAGCGGCUCGAGCGAGUCCAUGGAUGCACUAGAAGAAGAUGACUUGGAUGCCUGCUCCUCCAGCAGGUCUGGCUUCUUCCACUUCGGCUCAUCAGGCUUCCCAGAGAGUCUUGAUUCCGACAGCCAAGAGGAGAGAGGCAGGAUCGAAGCCAGUGGCUUCCUCUGUCUCCUGGACCUGGCCCAGACAGCCAGUCCUCAGUGCCAGAAGACAGACUUUUCUGAGAGUCCCACUCCUGAGAUGUUCAGCUGGGGCCCGGAACUGAGCACAGUGAGACUGGACCCCAAGCUGUAUGAGGACAGCCGGACUGACUUCUACAGCCUGUGCUCCAGCGUCUCCCCAGCCAGCCACCUGAGUGAUAGCUCAGAGAGCACGGCUUCCCAGCAAGGGGGUCCCCUGCAGGCUUGGGGGCAGCAGGGCUGGCCCAAGGCCCAACCUAGCUCCACACUGGAAGCCUUGGCUCCUCACCCACCACUGGCCUUUGAGAAUGGCAGCUCUGAUGAGGAAUACUAUGACGCAGCUGAUAAGCUCACACCCCUGGACACCCUCUCAGGGCCCAGAGCUGUUUCUGCUCUAGAACCCAGUGCCACAAGCUUGCAGAGUAAGGCCAGCACUUGCAACCCUGAGGACAGCCUGAAUCCUGGGCCAGAUGGACAAGAGCCAAGCAGAAGAGGAGGGAAGAAGAAGUAUGCCAAGACCCUGAGGAAAAGAAGGUCUUUCCUACAAACUGACUACACCUCACAGGUCUCAUUUCCCCUGAUGCCUUCAGCCUCCCUGGAGAGCGUGGACGAUGUAUGCUACUAUGACAGGGAGCCCUACCUGGCUCUUGGUGCACCCUCACCAACUGUGUCCUCCCUGCAGAACAUGCAGGGCGAGCCCAGCCUCCUGGAGACCAAGGCCCUGGGACUGCUGGCUCCCCUGAGGGAGGCCAAGAGCAAAAACCCAGCCUCUAGGGUCAUGGAGAUGGAGCCGGAGACCAUGGAAACCAAGUCGGUCAUUGACUCUCGGGUGUCUUCUAUUUCUGCCAUUCGCCUGCGGAUCGACCCCAAUCAUAAAGAAAAUUCUGGGGUUGCCCCUUUGACUGCCCCUGUCGCAAAUUCCCCAGCAAGCACCCCUCACUGUUCCAACCCAGGUUCAUCUGGCCCAGAUACUGCCCAGGCAGGACCUUCCCAAACCUUAUCUGCAUUUCAAGACCCGGAUGGCAGUGCCCCCAAAGAAGUGACCAUGGAGCUUGGGGAUAGCACUUCCCUCUUCAGUACUGAUCCUACCCAAGACAGGGUAUGCCUGGCCAUCAGCUCAGGCCCACAUAAUGUCUCUCAGGAAGACACACUAGAGCUUGGAGCAGUCCAUUUGGAAACAGGAUUGGGAUCUUUGUUUAUAAAUCAUAUGCAAGAAACUGCCCCCAAAUACACAGAACCUUUGUUGUCUCCUGGAGACCAGCCCGGAAGUGGUGAAUGUGGAAUAAAUUCACAAGAGAAGAUGGCUUCUUUCCCUACAAAGGAGGAACAGCAAGGACAAAUAUCUUUGGAAAGUGACAGAAAAGUUACAGACAAAAAUGGCAUCAAUUUAUUUCAGGAGGAUUCCGGGAAGGAUUCAGGUGACCCCAGUGGUGACCUGUCAGAUGCUGUUCCACAGGCUCUUGGUGUUACGGCUCCAGCUGGUAUAAUAAUAGCCUCCCUCUCCUUGGAGGCUCCUGUAACAGGGACUGAGCAGACCCCAGCACAACCCCCCAGGGCUCCUCAAAGACAAAGCAGAGACACUCCAGGCCAAGCCUGCCAGACCCAAGAACAAAAAUUAUUGGCAGAGUUGGAUUUAGAUACUGAUUUCUUGCUGGGGGACCAGACCAUUCCAUCAGCCUUCCCUCCAGAAGGGGUCAAGGCAGAGCUGCUUAACCAUGUGAUAGGGGAAGACACAGCCCCUACAGACACUGCUUCACAGGUCUGUUUUAAUCCAGGGCCUUCCCUGCCAAAUCCACUACUGUGUCCCAAAGAGGAGCCCUACUUAGAGAGUUCAAACCACUGUUCAGUGUCAGAAAGAAAAGGCAAAAACCCUAGCAUCUGCCUUCCUGCUGAGAAGUCUUCCCUGUGUUUUGCCCCAGGAAACCAUCCUGAUGUUUCUGCCAGGCCCAGGAUGGCCAUGUCUCUGGGUUUUGCAGGCAUGAAUGAGGCCGUGGCACCCAGGAUUGGAAUGGAGCAAUGUAGCUGCCAAUUCUCCUAUGCUACAUGUUUUCGUGGCCCACAGCCUGAGAUGGAGGAAGAAGACAGGGACUCAGAAGCACACUCCAUGGCUCCCCUCACCUCCCCACCUUCUGCAGGAAGUCCACUGGCCCUGCCCUGGAGGCCUGCCCGGGCCCACAGCUGCAGCACCGAACCUCUGUGGAGGAAAAGCCACAUCUGGCCCGAGUACUGCUCCAGGGCACUGAGACAGCUGAAAGCUGCACCUACUAGUGCCUCUGAGGGCUUCAUCCAACUCACGGAGAGCUUACUCGAGCUACAAGACAUUUUAGAAGCUUCCUGGGGGGAUGGGAACAAACACCCGCCAGACAAGUGCACCUGGCACUUUUCUGAAAGCCGGAGCCGCCUCUGCAUGGGCUCCCAGAAGCUCCUGUCCAGCUGUCAGCACGUGAUCAGAAUGGACCAGUCCCCCGAAGAGAUGCAGGGCGCUGUGCGUGAUACCUUCCAGCAUCUGGUCCAGCUGGCUGGCCUGUGCUUCCAGCUCACGGACUGCAGCCGCUGCUCCGCCCGGCACAGGGAGGCAGCUGGGAACCUGAGGGACGUGGUGUACACCUACUGCCAGUUUGUGGAGGCCGCUAAGCUGACCUGUGAGAGAGGCUACCACAACCUGAGUGUGAAACUCUUGGCCCAUCAGUGCACGGCCCUCACAGCCUCUGUGUUCUGUUUGACCCAUAAAUUCCGGGCAUCCACUGCCCUGUGAGCAGGCCAACUGCCCAGGGCACCCUGCCCUGCCCUGGACAUUCCCUGAGAAGCCCCCUUCAUUCCCUCACCUCCCCCUUCAAAUGUUUACUAUUUAGAGUAUUCAAUAAACUGCUGCUUAUUCUUG